GUACGAAUCCAUUGCUUAUUCUUGCACUUAACUAUCUGCUUCUCUCUAUCAUUGAUCCGAAUGUCUUUAAUCUGAUACAUUCAAUCUCAUACUGAUUUCCCUGCGCCUUUCUCCCUCACUGUUUGAUUUCAAAUAUGGAGCCAGACGUGAGCAUCGAGACGUCAUCCAUGAUCCGGAUCGCGGUUCUCCCAAUCGGCACGGUCCCACCAACUCUAUUACGGGACUACCAUUCAAUGCUACUCCGGCAUCACACGAUCCCGCUCUCCGCCAUCAGCUCGUUCUACACAGAGCAUCAAAAAUCUCCGUUUGCUCAGCAGCCCUGGGACUCCGGUUCGCUCCGCUUCAAGUUCGUACUCGGCGGGGCCCCACCGAGUCCCUGGGAAGAUUUCCAGUCAAAUCGUAAGAUCCUCGCCGUUAUUGGCAUUUGCCACUGCCCUUCCUCGCCUGAUCUCGAUUCUGUUAUCGAGCAGUUCAAUUCCGCUUGUAAGGGUUAUAGCUCCGCUCUUGUUAAACGCUGCUUUGCGUUCUCUCCAAGUGACUCUCACCUAGAGAAUGGUGCAAAGAAGGGUGAAAAUUUGCUUUUGUUUCCUCCGGCUGACCGUCAAACGCAGGAGUUUCACUUGCAGACGAUGAUGCAAGAUAUUGGGGCUUCGUUGUUGAUGGAAUUUGAGAAGUGGGUUCUUCAGGCGGAAUCUGCUGGAACUAUAUUGAAGACACCAUUAGAUUCUCAAGCCAGUCUCAGCUCAGAGGAGGUGAUAAAGGCCAAAAAGCGAAGACUUGCCCGUGCACAGAAAACUAUAGGGGAUUACUGUUUGUUGGCUGGAUCACCUGUUGAUGCUAAUGCUCAUUAUUCAACUGCACUGGAACUAGCUAGGUUGACCGCUGACUUCUUCUGGUAUGCCGGGGCAUUGGAAGGAAGCGUCUGUGCCUUACUGGUGGACCGAAUGGGCCAGAAGGACCCAGUUCUGGAGGAAGAGGUUAAAUACCGGUACAACAGUGUCAUCUUGCAUUACAGGAAAUCAUUUAUACAAGACAAUGCUCAGAGAGUCUCACCGCUAAGUUUUGAACUUGAGGCUACUUUGAAAUUGGCAAGAUUUCUUUGCAGGAGAGAGCUGGCUAAGGAUGUAGUGGAGUUGUUAACGAGUGCUGCAGAUGGUGCGAAGUCGUUGAUAGAUGCCAGUGACAGACUCAUCUUAUAUGUUGAGAUAGCUCGUUUAUUUGGAACUCUGGGUUAUCAACGAAAAGCUGCCUUUUUCUCAAGGCAGGUAGCUCAGUUGUAUUUGCAACAAGAAAGUAGAUCGGCUGCUAUUUGUGCUUUGCAAGUUCUGGCAAUGACCACUAAGGCAUAUCGUGUUCAGAGUCGAGCAUCCAUCUCAAAGCAUUCUCUGUCUACCGAAACUGGAUCAAGUCAUGCUGAUGGCGGAAAAAUGCAUCAUCAAUCAGUAGUCUCUCUAUUUGAGUCUCAGUGGAGCACCUUGCAGAUGGUUGUGUUAAGGGAGAUACUGCUCUCUGCUGUUCGUGCAGCAGAUCCUCUUGCUGCAUGGAGUGCAGCAGCUAGGCUUCUCAGAUCUUAUUAUCCUCUAAUUACACCUGUUGGACAAAAUGGCCUUGCUAGUGCACUUACAAACUCAGCAGAGAGGUUGCCUUCAGGAACUCGAUGUGCUGAUCCAGCCUUACCUUUUGUAAGGUUGUACUCUUUUCCCAUGCAUCCUUCACAAAUGGACAUCAUUAAACGGAAUACAGGUAGAGACGACUGGUGGGCAGGCUCUGCUCCUUCAGGGCCUUUUAUAUAUACACCAUUCAGUAAAGGAGACCCAAAUGAUACCGGUAAGCAGGAGUUGAUUUGGGUUGUUGGAGAACCAGUCCAGGUCUUGGUGGAGUUGGCAAAUCCUUGUGGAUUUGAUUUAAGGGUUGAUAGUAUAUAUCUCUCGGCGCAUUCAGAAAAUUUUGAUGCUUUUCCAAUUAGUGUAGAUCUCCCACCUAAUUCAUCUAAAGUGAUCACUUUAUCUGGAAUACCAACUUCAGUGGGGGUUGUGAGAAUUCCAGGAUGCAGAGUUCACUGUUUUGGUGUGAUAACCGAACACCUAUUUAGGGAUGUAGAUAAUCUGCUUUUAGGAGCCGCACAAGGACUUGUUCUUUCUGACCCUUUCCGAUGCUGUGGAUCUGCCAAGUUGAAAAACGUAUCUAAUCCAAAUAUAUCUGUGGUAUCACCUCUGCCACUGCUAGUGUCACAUGUUGUUGGUGGUGAUGGGGCCAUCAUUUUGUACGAAGGUGAAAUUCGCGAUGUAUGGAUAAGUCUGGCUAAUGCAGGUACAGUUCCAGUUGAGCAAGCACAUAUUUCACUAUCAGGAAAAAACCAAGAUUCUGUUAUCUCAAUUGCAUAUGAGGCCUUAAAAUCUGCUCUUCCUUUGAAGCCUGGAGCUGAAGUGACUGUACCUGUGACAUUAAAAGCCUGGCAGCUUGGGUUGUUUGACCAUGAAACUGCUGCUGGCAAGAGUGCCUCUGGAAGCACAGGGAGGCAUUUAAAGGAUGGAAGCAGCCCUUCUUUGUUGAUUCAUUACUCAGGGCCACUUACGAAUUCUGGAGAUCAGUCUGUUGUGCCCCCUGGUAGACGCCUGGUUGUUCCCUUGCAAAUCAGUGUUUUGCAAGGUUUAUCUUUUGUAAAAGCUCGUUUGCUUUCAAUGGAGAUUCCUGCACAUGUUGGUGAAAACCUUCCUAUGCCUGUUUAUGUGGAUUCUACUUCUACUGAGGGAACCGUUGGUUCUGAAAAUAAGAUGGACAAAUUGAUGAAGAUUGAUCCUUUUAGAGGAAGUUGGGGGCUACGUUUCCUUGAACUUGAGUUGUCCAAUCCGACUGAUGUUGUGUUUGAAAUUAGUGUUUCUGUCCAGCUGGAAAAUUCAAACAACGAGGAUGGCCUUUCGAGUGAUCAAGAUGCUACCGAAUAUGGUUAUCCUAAGACAAGAAUUGACAGGGAUUACACUGCAAGGGUAUUAAUUCCGCUGGAGCAUUUUAAGUUGCCUAUUCUUGAUGGUUCCUUUUUUGUGAAGGACUUAAAGUCAGAUGGUUCUAUCGGGAGCAGAAAUUCCAGCUUCUCAGAAAAGAAUACUAAGGCUGAGCUAAAUGCUUCCAUUAAGAACCUCAUUUCGAGAAUAAAGGUCAGAUGGCAAUCUGGACGCAACAGCUCUGGAGAAUUGAAUAUCAAGGAUGCUAUACAGGCAGCCCUUCAGACAUCUGUUAUGGAUGUACUGCUGCCAGAUCCUUUGACAUUUGGCUUCAGGCUUGUUAGAAAGGAUUCUGAGCAGGCUAAAAAACUUGGUUUACCUAAAGAUUCUGUGAUAGCAAAUGACAUGACUCCUAUGGAAGUUCUAGUUCGUAAUAACACUAGGGAAAUUAUCAAGAUGAGUCUUAGUAUUACAUGCAGAGAUGUAGCUGGUGAGAACUGCGUUGAGGGCUCUAAGGGGACUGUCCUAUGGUCGGGUGUCCUAAAUGAAAUUACCAUGGAGGUUCUCCCGCUUCAAGAAUCAAGGCAUUGUUUCUCUUUGUACUUCCUUGUCCCAGGUGAGUACACUCUUGUGGCUGCUGCCGUAAUUGAUGAUGCUAAUAACAUCCUUCGAGCUCGAGCAAAGACCGAUUCACCUGACGAACCAAUUUUCUGUCGUGGACCCCCAUUUCAUGUGCGAGUUACUGGUACUGUGUGACAGUUUAUUUGUAUGUUCAUAACAUAUUGGAUUAUGAGACGUGCAAACUCAAGAGUGAACAAAGAUGCCAGCAUUUUUUGUGGCGGCGUCUCAAUUACACAUUUUUAGUCUUCAUAUCAUAUUGGAUUAUGAGAAAUGCUGCUCGAAGGGUCUAGUCAAA